GCGAGUCAGAGGACUAACCCUGCCCACUUUCCACUAAACCAUUCAACUCCAGCACAGUGUGCUUUGCUCUGCUCUGCUCUGUCAGGUUUCUCCAGAGCUCUGCUGCACAGCACACAGCAGCCCAGACGAGCACCAGGAGCUACACGCUGCGCAGGAGUUGCCUACAGCUGAUAAACUGCAGCUCAACUGCAGGAGCAGAUAUAUAUUUAUAUAUACCUGCAGGGGAACCAUCAGCUCUUCAUUCAGCUCUUGAACUUUAUCAACAUGACUGCUCCAUUCAGAUAAGGAUUAUUUUGGACUGGCCCCUCGUAUUGAUUUGACCAGUAAGCCAGAGCGCUGACUGUGAUCUGUUGGCAGUGGAGCAGGACAGAUUGCGUGAAGCCGAGACUGAGGUGUGAGUUUGCCGUCACUCAGGAUGUCCUCUUUCACGCUGAUGACAGGGGUGCUUAUCCUCUCCGGCUGUUUAUCAGGUGGCUGCUCACCCACGCUGGCCGAGACACUUGUGCCGGGCACAGAGGGGCAGCACCUGCAGCAGCAGGAAGUUGGGUCUCUGGAGGGUGAUCCCGUGACCUCCUGUCCCUCCUGUGCUCUAGCCCAGAGACAGAGAGACUCGGUGGGCUCGGAAGAGCAGACUGACAUGGUGGAGGCGGUCAAGAGGCACAUCCUCAAUAUGCUGCAUCUAAAUGCCCGUCCCAACAUCACACACCCGGUGCCCCGCGCCGCCCUGCUCAAUGCCAUCCGUAAGCUGCAUGUAGGACGGGUGGGGGAGGAUGGCACGGUGGAGAUGGAGGAAGAAGGAGGGGCACUCGGACAGCACAGAGAGCUACCUGAGGAACAGCCCUUUGAGAUCAUCACCUUUGCAGAGCCAGGUGAUGUCCCUGAUGUUGUGAAAUUUGACAUUUCCAAGGAAGGCAGCACUCUGACUGUGGUGGAGCAGGCCAAUGUGUGGCUGUUUCUUAAGGUAGCCAAGGGCAACCGAGGGAAGGGCAAGGUGUCCAUCCAGCUACUGACACAAGGGAAGGCUGACCCAAGCUCUGCUAACGGGCCUCCGGAGGUGGUUGUGUCUGAGAAGACAGUGGAUACACGGCGCAGCGGCUGGCAUACACUACCAGUUCCCCGCACAGUGCAGGCCCUGCUGGGCGGGGACAGAAGCUUGCUCAGUCUGCGCAUUUCCUGUCCAAUGUGUGCUGAAGCCUGUGCCACGCCCGUCAUGGUGCCUGUGGAGGGCAACAAGGGCAGGGAGAGAGAGCAGUCUCACCGACCUUUCCUCAUGGUCAUCCUCAAGCCUUCUGAAGAGCACCAGCACCGGCGCAGCAAGCGUGGCCUUGAUUGUGAUGGCAAAAUCCGAGUCUGCUGUAAACGACAGUUCUACGUCAACUUUAAAGACAUUGGAUGGAGUGACUGGAUCAUUGCUCCAUCUGGAUAUCAUGCAAACUACUGCGAGGGGGACUGUCCCAGCCAUGUGGCCAGCAUCACAGGCUCCGCCCUCUCCUUCCAUUCCACCGUCAUAAAUCAUUAUCGAAUGCGUGGUUACAGCCCCUUUAACAACAUCAAGUCAUGCUGCGUGCCCACACGCCUACGGGCCAUGUCCAUGCUCUACUACAACGAGGAGCAGAAGAUCAUUAAGAAAGACAUUCAGAACAUGAUAGUGGAGGAGUGCGGCUGCUCAUAAGACUCCUGAUAAACAGUUCUGAACUAUCUUGAAUGUUGGUACAAAGCACAUAUCUCAGAGGACUGGCAAUCUGUGUUCACCCACAAACUUUUGAACUGCAAAAUUGGGCAACUUGUUUGUUUAUAGGUCAUUUCAAUAGGACUCUAAGUAUUGGAAUGGUCUUGUGGCACUUUCAUAUAUAAAUGAAGGAUGAGAAUAAAGCAUAAUAUAUUUUUUAAUGAAGGGAGACAGAGACUGAGAGGGAACUGGUGCAUGGGUUAAUGUGUCAGUCCUGAUUCUCUACACUGCAAUAAAGAGACAAUUAUUCGGAAUUGUGGAAUUCUAUAUUCUGAACAAAAGAACAAUGCGACUCUAUGCAAGUCAAGUAUUAUUACUGGAUUUUGAUCAUUUUUUAUUAUUUGUCUUUUAGCUUUUGGUUUUAUGUUGUUUUUAUUGUCAACCCUUUCUUACAAAAAGUCAUUGUUUUAGUACAUCUUAAAAAAAGUAGUUUGUUGUUGUUGUUUUUUCGUUUCUGUUGUUUGUUUGUUUUUUUGUUUUGUUUUUUAAUACUGGAACAAAAAUUAGUUUGACCAGCUGCUGGUGCCAAACUACAUUAUUGUUAUUUUUAUUAUUAUAUUAUGAAUUACCUAUUAUUAUUUUCCUCCUAAACAUUAUGAAUGUUGAUGAAAAGAAAUAUGAAUUUGCACUACGCCAAUAUUUCUACAAUCUUAGCCCAGAGCAGGACAGGCUGCAUUCCAGUUGCCAUUUCAGAGAGUAGAACUAUAUGCAUUUGGAACUUACACAUAGUAAACCAAAGACCAUACACAUCCCAUUCUCAGAGCAAAUCCCCAAAAUGCCCAGGUCUGUGAAUUUAUUGAAAUUAGCAACAAGAGUGUAUAGACAACAUAAUGCACCAUUAACACAAUAUAGCACAUAAUAUAACUUUUUGUUUGUUUGUUUAUUUGUUUUUUUCUGAAACAGCCUCUUUAUGUUUAAUUUUUACUCUUUAUGUUUCAGCAGUGUUUGUCUCAACCAAUGUAUAACAAAGGUCUUAGAAUCUGAACUGAAAACCUAGACCUCAAACGUUAUUUCAACAGAAACUUUCAGUAAAGAGGGUGGCAAAAAAUGACCUGGCAAUGGAAGGUUUGCUUCCAUCAGGGGCAAAGUUCAAGACACUAAAGGAAGCUUUCAGAUAUAAAAAGAAACUUGCUCUGUUUUAUGUAGAGUUAUACAACAUAUGGUGAUAUGUUGCUAUGUUGUACAAAUCAGAAUAUGUGCUUAUGUUUUAUAUCUAAUUUAUUUUGCAGCAUAUUCUUUGCUUCACUAUUAAAGCUAAAUUGUACAAAUACACCAUUUGGUUUAAGUCAACAAUGUGUAUUUACUAGACCAGAUGAUAAGCUGUCUGCCAUAUUUUCAACACUAAAUUCAAAAUAGUUUGGCUUUCUUGUUUUCACUGAAUGUAGUCUAAUUAUAAUUUUACAGAUUGAUUGACCAAUCAAAGCAGAUGCUGUGCGAACUUGUGAAAACUCCUAAAGACCCUUGUUUGCUCUCAUUUUAGCCACACAGCAGCUGUCUAAAGGGUGAUUUUAACUGUAAGGAAUCAGAAAAACAGCUUUUGUCAUCUGAGAUCACCUCACAUGAUCAGAAAAUGCUUAAUGUUUACUCUGUUGCACACGCCCAGUGCAAGGAACUGUGCUAUUUGGGCUGGAAUAUUACAGGUAAAAAUGCAUUAAUUAUUCAUUUGAAAGACAACCAAUAUGGCAUUUAGCAAUGGCUGAUUCUGAAAAUUUUACCCACAAAAAGCUGUAGCUGUACUGUAGUAACAGUAAUUAUCGUUACUAACCCUAACACUAACUCUAAAGUGGCACAUUAUUUCAACCCUUUCAGUGGAAGUCUGAAAGUCAUAAACUUUCUAAGUAUAUAAACGAACUAAGUAUAUUUUGUUUUAAGUAAAGUCUGGUUGCAUCACUUAGUUUUGGUGUACCUUGAA